AUGGACGUCGUACUCGAGUUAUGUGACACCUUCGCUUUCGACAGAUUUUGGGCAACGGUGCUGCCCGCACAGGCGUCGGUCGCCAAAUAUAAUGCUACCACAACAUUUUCCAGCAUGCGGGAAGGUGCAACAUUGCUGCCACAAAAGUCAUGGGUCUGGGAGCCAGCGACGUCCUAUUUCUCAUUUCCACCCUCGGAAAAUGCGUGGCAGAGUGCUUGGCCAAGAGACAAGCUGGAGCGACAGUUCAUCGAAUUAUUCUUCAUCACAUGGUUCUUCGGUGUCGUCCUCUACUUCGUCUGCGCAACCCUCUCCUACGUCUUCGUGUUCGAUAAGACCACCUUCCACCACCCGAAAUACCUCAAGAAUCAGAUGUCUAUGGAGAUCAAGCAAGCUGUGUCUUCCAUGCCUGGUAUGGCUCUGCUAACAGCUUGCUUCUUCACCCUGGAAGUAAAGGGCUAUGCCAAAUUCUACGACAGGCUUGAUGACGCUCCAUUCCCGCUCUACAAUUACCUGCAGUUCCCGAUAUUCAUCCUCUUUACCGAUUUCUGCAUCUACUGGAUUCACAGGGGCCUCCACCAUCCUAUGGUCUACAAGACUCUACACAAACCCCACCACAAGUGGAUCAUGCCCACUCCAUAUGCCAGCCAUGCUUUCCAUCCUCUAGACGGCUUCGCGCAGUCAGUACCUUACCAUGUCUUCCCCUUUCUCUUUCCUCUACAGAAGUUCGCAUAUAUUGCGCUCUUUGGCUUCAUAAACAUCUGGACUAUUUUCAUCCACGACGGAGAGUACGUUGCAAACUCGCCUGUGAUCAAUGGCGCUGCUUGCCAUACCAUGCACCAUCUCUACUUCAACUACAAUUACGGCCAAUUCACCACACUCUGGGACAGACUGGGUGGCAGCUACCGAAAACCGAACGAGGAGCUCUUCAAGAGAGAGACAAAGAUGGCCGCCGCCGAGUGGAACAGACAAGCUAAAGAGAUGGAGAGAAUACAGAAAGAGGUUGAGGGUGACGAUGAUAGACGAUAUCUGGGUGAGGAUGAGGUUAAAAAGGUGCAGUGA